GAAUUAAAGAUUAUGGUUGUUAUCCAAGUGAUUGUUUAUCUGACAGUUGUAAACCCUUAAAUACCGGAGAAAUCUGAUCGUUUUAUUUUUAAGUAAGGAAAUAGCGAGUAGUCGAGUCACAGCUCAAGUACUGGUACACCACAGUAUCACUGGGGAGCGCGAUGGCUGUAAACACGACACUGUGUCUGUAUUGGAUUGCUUUACUCUGGAUCAUUGGUUGCAAAGGACAAGAAAGUAGAUGUCCCACAGAAUAUGACUCAGACAGAUGUUGUUCUGGAUACAGAAAGAUAGGCGGAAAUUGUACAGCUUGUAUUGGAUUCACCGGUGAAAACUGCGAGAAUGCUUGCCCAAGCACCAACUAUGGUUUAUUUUGCAGAGAAACCUGUAACUGUACCAAUGAUGAAUAUUGCGAUACAUAUGUUGGUUGCCUCCCAAACAUAAGCCUAAAGAAUACUAGUAGUUGCAAACAAGUGCACAAUGACAGUGACCCUGUGCCAGACUUUUCUUUUAAUAGAGAAAGUUGUAAUUUAUUGUUGUAUUUGGUCAUUGCACUUGGUGGAUCUCAUUUAAUGACCGUGAUUGUGUGUGUAGCAAUCCUGUGCUUGAAGUGCUGUAGAGUACCACCGCACCGAACCAAAACAUCCAGUGACAACACAAAUAUAAGUGAGCUGCAUGCUGGGACAGAAAUUAAUCAUAACACGUCAAGAUUUCGCGGGAUUUCACGUGAAAAUGAAAACGUAAACGGUGAUCCCUACCAUACUUUGAAAAAUCAAGGUUUAUUGGAAAUUUCAACUUCUUACGAUACUUUUGCAACAGCAGAUAGAUUUAAUAAACAUGGUGAUCAAAACUGGAAUGCCACAAAUCGAUGUGAUGUGCCAGCUUUUCCAAGCGAUAAUCUUCAUGUUGUUCGGAACACAACUGCGGUGAAUUCGCACGCCACACAAUCCUCCGGUAGACCUUAUAGCCUCCAAAAAUUAUGAGACGAAAAAGGUUGAGAAACAAAAGUCUUCUCAAGUGAUUGUUCAUAAAAGCCAGUCCAUUGUAAAUAAAGGAGAGUCAGUGAAAGAAACUAUGAAAAUGUAACCCUGUUCAAUUGUUUUUUUUUAUUUUAUGAAUCUUGCAUGUAUACCAUCCUUUAUUUUCUGAGUAUAUUGCGGUGCAUGUACAUUUCGGUAUUAAGUUGCUUUUAUUUUAUUGUUCAUUUUUUGGCAUACAAACUAGCGUGAUUCGACGUUUUUUUUGUUCGUGCAUUUUUGUUACUUGUUACUACUACUGUGAUUAACAAAAGAAUUCUACAGGUAAAACUUCUUAUUACAUGUAUAGGUAACUUUGGUUAUUCAACAACAAUUUAUAUGCUCUCCAAAAAGGAUGUUGAAAAGAGUGUAUUUUUUUUUCAAAAUAACGUAGAGGAAAUGUACGUUACUACUACUGUAAUCAACUAAAGAAUUCUACAGGUAAGACAAUUAUAUAAUUCAGGUACAAUUUAAGACUCUUGUUGUGUUAGCAAUGCAUACGUCCAACUAAAUCAACAAAACAUUCUUUGCACAAAUGAAAACUAUCAUCUAGUUU